GAGAAACGAUUACUCCUCCAUUUGAAUAGCCGAUGCUCUCAGAAUACUUUAUUCAAAAUUUGAAACUCUAAAAAGAGAAACAGCCUCCGAGGAGCACAAGGGCUCAACGGUUGGGGCAGAGAUCAACAAGAUGAAGAAGGAGAGAAUCAGCAGAGACUGAAUCAGUGAUCUACCGGUCGAAUUGCUCCACCACAUCAUCUCUCCCCUCCCCUUCAAAUCCAUCGUCCAAACCAGCCUUCUCUCCAAACGCUGGAACCGCCUGCGCCUGUGGCGUUCCCACCCUCAUCUCGACUUCUCCCUUCUCUCUCCCCAUUCCGGGGCUGGAAAUUUCUUGCCCGAGGUGUUAUCUCGCCGUCCACCCGACUCCAACAUUACCACCUUUCGCCUCUCCGGUUGUGUGAGUGCCGCUUGCUUGCAGGAUUGCGUCGAUCGAGUAAUGAAUCAAAGGAUCGAACAGAUCGAACUCGAUGUUGAUACAGACUGUCGCUUUGAACUCCCUCCGAGCUUGUUUUAUUGCAACACGCUUGGGGUUCUCAAAUUGACAUGGGAGUCAAAUUGAAUACAUCCAGGUACAGGGGUUUUGGACUUCCCAGUCCGGUUUUGUUUCCGGCAGUCCACACCUUGUCUCUGACUAGGGUAUGUAGUGUCUGGGGUUGGUCGGAUUUGUUUUCACCUAGUAAUUUACCUCUCCUCAGGAAACUGUGCUUGAAAGAUUGUAGAGGAACGUACGAUCUCAAUAUCAACUUCCCAGGCCUGGAAAUUUUGGAACUUGAUGGAUUGCGGCUGAAAGGUUUGGAUAUUUCUGGCACUGGGUUACUGGAGCUACAAGUGACGAGGUGCUUGCGGCCGAAAGGUCGGGCCAAGAUUCUUGCCCCAAAUCUGCGGAGGCUCUACUGGGAAGACAACUUUAAUGUGAAAUGUGGGACACAGAGCUUUGAAGACCUCAAUACAGGAUCCGUUUAUUUUCCCUCUAAACCACCAAAUCCAGCGACAUUGCAAAGUGCAGCGGCUUUUAUAUCUGCAUUGUGUUUUGCUCGAUCUCUAUCUGUCAGAAGCCAAGUUUUUAAGAUUUUGUCAAGCAUGGAUUCAGAAGAUGGACUUCCUUUUUGUUUCAACAACCUCACUACAUUGGAGAUCCAUACUCACUUGACCAAAUAUGGAGCCACAGGGAUAAUAUGCUUGCUUAGAAGGUCUCCAAUACUCCACAGCAUCAACAUAAGGGUAGAUUGUUCCAAGCUCGGCAAUAAGAGUUGGGAUGACGAUCGGUAUUGGCCGAUCUCAGAGUUAAAAUAUCAAGUCAAUUGAGCGUCAAUUGAAGGUUGCAAGGAUUGAUGUUGGGGGUACUAAGAUGCCUAAGAGUGCAUUCCAUUUAGUGGAAUUUCUACUUAGGUUUGAAACAGCUUUGCAAGAAAUGACCCUAACCUUAAAGAUUGACCUUGCGGAUCCUGUUCUCGUACAACAAAACAUUCGUUCUCAGAUAAUGAAGUUUGCGCAGCGGCUGUGUACUAAUGUCAUAAUCUCUUUUCUUUCACAAAAUCAGUGCCCCUUGACAGCAGAGGAGCUUUAUUAGAACUUCUUGGCAAUUCUUACAGGUGCUCUUUUUACUUUGUUGUGUCUUCAAUUAAAAAGCAAUCACUUUUUUUUUUUUUAAAUAGAAUAAAAGAAACAUACGUUGUUUCAGGACUCGAGUAGAAAUAGAAGUUUUAUUAUCAAAAAU